AUGGCCACCGAAAUAGCCGUGUUCCUCCCGGACAAAGCGUUUAACACGCUCAAGAUAUCCGGGAGCCCUUUCCGAGCUCCCUUGAUUUCAUUUCACAAACAAGGGCCCACAGAAUGGCUGAGGUUUACACUAAAGGAAGGAUUUGUUGAAGUUCUUCUGGUGGACGAUACUACCCUUCACCAAAUCGACGACUCUGCAUCUUUCAGCCUAAAUAUCGGGAGGGAUUGUGUGCGUGGGUUCAACACACCCCAAUUCGCACUCGAUAUCAACAUCGAGUGCCACUCAGCAAUGAGCUGGGCACAAGUCUGGGAGCCGGUCGAAUCCAAGCUGGAAUAUUACACUGCUUUCUCCUUUAAAUUACUGGACCAACCGGAUAUCUUGUCUGUACUUGCCGCCAGUACUCCGGCUUCGGCUGUUCCUUAUACUGUCCCUAAAAGGGAUAUCGUCUCGCAUCGCUUGCCAAUCGCUCCAAACGCGAGUCUAGCCCAGCAACUAGAUUAUCUCGAGGCGCUGUACUUCCCCAAUGGACACGAUAGCGAUGGUAUUCGUCAGUAUUGGGGGAGAAGGGGGCAUCGAAAGAGAAUGGAAGAUGAAAUUGAAGAUGAAGAGGAAGAGCGAGGGGGAGUGGAAGAGGUGGAAGGAAUCGAAGAGGAUUCCAGUGAGACUACUUUAAGCCUCCCAUUCCCUGACUCCAUAAUUAGUGGGGUAGGGGAGAUAAGUACAGUCAACCAGGACGGCAAAGGACACUUCUUUGAGGGAGGAGGGAGUAAUGGAUCAGGCGAGUGUUCGACCCCAUAUAAUGAAUCGGACGAUGAAUAUGAGCUCCUUCGGCAGCGGGAUGCCGAUGGGACUGGGUGGAUUUUCUGUAUACGAAGGAGAACGGAAGACGAUCCCCCAAGCUCCUCUUCCCCUUUGACGAAUGGUCAACUCGAUGUCGGUACUCAUAUCUCCCCUGAUCGCAGCCUUCCCACUCUUACUAAUUCCUCGACCAUUCUUACUACUAAUACUGCUGAUGCUGAUACUGCUGAUAUUGAUUAUACUUCUUAUGAGAUUUGA